UGCAAUGGAAACGAAAGAGUCUAUGAGUAUAUCUUAUGUUGGUUUGCAAACAUCUUACAACAUCCAAGUGCUAAAAAUGAAACUGCUCUCAUUAUAAUUGGAAAACAAGGAACUGGUAAGAACACUUUCUUUACAGAUAUUUUGUGCAAACUGUUAGAGGGCUAUUCGAACCCUAAUAUGACAAACUUAGAAAACAUCUGCGGUAAAUUUAACUCUUCAAUAGAGAAUAUGAAACUUAUAGUAUGUAACGAACUUCAAAGUAUAGAUACAACAAAGGUUUUAAACUCAGAUGCUUUGAAGAGUCUUAUAACAGACAAAGUUGGAGUUGUUGAAAGAAAAUAUAAAGACCAAAGAGUUUGUGAAAAUGUUGCAAAUUUCAUCAUGGUUUCAAACAAUGUUGUUCCGAUGAAGUUAGAAAGUUCUGACAGAAGAUAUGUAGUUGUCAGAACGUCAGAUUCUCAUAUGCAAGAUACAGAAUAUUUUGACGACUUAGCAGAAACUUUGACACCUAACUUUUACAACCACUUGUUCUCAUAUUUCAUGACAUUAGAUAUUUCAAAGUUCAAUCCAAGACAAAUUCCACAUACCGAAGAAAGACAAACGUUGUUAGAAGCAAACAAGAGUGUAUAUGAACUGUUUAUAGAUGAGACUAACUUUGAGUGUUUAGAUGAAAGGUCAUUGUACGACUCGUAUAAACAAUAUUGUCAAGAGUAUGGUUAUAUGGCAGCUUCUAAACGAACAUUCUUGGCAAAUGUCAAAAGUCUUUUAGACAUACAGAACGGCGUAUAUACAAAGAAAAAUUUUUCUGAGUAA